CGUCACAGAGCUAUAUAUUUAAUGCACCAAAGAUCAAUUGACGAUAGAGAAUCCAAGUGAAGUGAAAGCAAGAUAGGAAGAGAGAGAGAGAGUGAAAGAGGAGAGAAAGGGGAUAUCUUAGGUUUUCGUUAUCCUAAAAAAUUCCUACAGUUUGUCCUGAAAAGCUGCAAAGGAAACAAAACCCCACAGUAAGUCAGAAUUUUCCAACUGGAAAAAUUACAACUCCUGCUACUAUUACUACUACAAAAUGGUUGUCAUAGAAAACCCAUAGUCCAUACUUGAUAGCCAUAGGUUUUAAGGAGGGUUGUUUAAUUUAGGCAAUGGAUAUGCAGUCAAAAUUGAGGUUAGAUAUAGGUUGUAGGAGUACUAGAACAUGUCUUGGUUUUUCAGUCUAGGUGGGGGAAAAGAACAAGAAGAAGAAUUAGCCAGGAAUAGUAGUAGUAAUUUGUUGGAGUUCAAGAAAGAAGAGAUCUACAAGAAUAAGGGUUUGGAGCUAUGGAAACAGUUGCAUCAUCAAGAAGAUGUGGAUUUUUCUAUGUGCGUGGGUCCUAGUAGUAGUAAGCCUAGCAACCUUGUAGGUGAUGAACAUCAAGAAGCUGCUAAUUGUGCUAAUUAUUCUUCAACUUGUAGAUCAUUAGGGUUUAGGGUUAUGAUGAGGCCAGUAGGAGGAGGCAGUGGAGAUCAAGGGAAUGUGGCAUGCCAAGAUUGUGGGAAUCAAGCAAAGAAAGAUUGCCCACAUAUGAGGUGUAGAACUUGCUGUAGGGGUAGAGGCUUUCAGUGUCAAACACACCUUAAGAGCACUUGGGUUCCAGCUGCUAGAAGGCGUGAGAGGCAACAACAAUUUACUACUUCGCCUUUGCAGCAGCCCAAAAGGCCAAGAGAUCAGAAUAUGGGUCCUUCUAAUUCCUCUCUUGCCUACACUCGUUUACCUACUACCUCCUCAGGAUUAGAGUUGGGUGGUCAUUAUCCUGCAGAGGUGAGUUCUCCGGCAGUAUUCCGGUGCGUGAAAGUGAGUGCAGUGGAUGAAGCAGAAGAACAAUAUGCAUAUCAAACAGCAGUGAAUAUUGGAGGCCACACUUUCAAAGGAAUGCUUUAUGAUCAAGGCCCUGAGACUACUCGCUAUACUAGUGGAGAGAGCUCUUCUUCAGCUCAACAACCGCUUAAUCUCAUCGACGGCGCCACUACAAGUAGCCACCAGCAGCAGGUUUCCAUUGCUAUGUUUGAUCCUUCUAUGUAUCCAACUAAUCUUUCUGCUUUCAUGGCUGGUACGCAAUUCUUUCCACCCCCAAGACCUUAGCCCGAUACUCUUCAUUUUGUUUAUUUAAGUAAUAGGGGUAGAGAAAGAAACCUUGCUAAUUAUAUAUUCUUCAUGGGAUCGAUGUUACUUUAGCCGUUUGAUUGGAAUUCCUAGUAAAACUUUGAUUUUAUUACUGUAAGCUCUAGCUCUUUCAUGUGACUUUCUUACAAGAAAUUG